AAAAGCACAAUGGCUCUUCUCGGAAACAUCAUAGUCGUGCCAACAUUGCUCUGUCGAUCCAUUUUCCGAUAAAAUAUUCUUUUCUUUCUGAAAAUUUGGGAAAAAAAUGGGGAGGACAUAAUUUAUGUAUUUUAUAGAGGAAGUUAUCUCCUCUGUCAUUCCAUUCCCAUGGCCAUGCCCCAUGGGGAGUGGUGAUUGCACUGAUUCAUUUCUUCCUUCGUCCGUUGCUUCUUGAGGAAGGGAACGAGAGCAGAGGUUUCCGCGCGCUCGUGCGACACAGAGAGAGAUGGUGGGACCGCAGCGGCCGCAGUUUGUCCUGUUUGGCUCCUCAAUAGUGCAGCUGAGCUACAGCAAUGGCGGCUGGGGGGCGAUCCUCUCUGACGUCUAUUCCCGCAAAGCAGACAUAAUUUUGCGAGGAUACUGUGGAUGGAACUCUCGGCGUGCUGUCCAGGUCCUUGAUAAAGUCUUCCCAAAGGAUGCAGCUGUACAGCCUACAUUGGUUAUAGUCUAUUUUGGGGGCAACGAUUCAAUGGGACCACACUCAUCUGGCCUGGGCCCGCACGUCCCUCUCCCUGAAUACGUUGAAAACAUGAGGAAGAUUGGAGAGCAUCUCAAGAGUCUUUCAGAGUCCAUCCGCCUCAUCUUUCUUAGUUGUCCGCCGGUCAAUGAGGCAAAAGUUGGGCAAGGAACAAGCGGGAUAUUCAGCAAGCUAGUUCGAACAAACGAGCUGUGUGGGUCAUACUCUGAAGCUUGCAUAGAGCUCUGUAGGGAGAUGGGAAUUAAGGUGGUUGAUCUUUUCUCUGCCAUUCAGAGAAGAGACGAUUGGGCUAAUGCUUGCUUCACGGAUGGUAUUCACUUAUCUGCUGAAGGCAGCAAAGUGGUCGUGGAGGAAGUGCUUAAAGUCCUCAAAGAAGCGGAGUGGGAGCCGUCUCUUCACUGGAAAUCUAUGCCGACGGAAUUCUCCGAGGACUCGCCUUAUGACCUUGUAGCUGCUGACGGGAAAACGACCUUGAAUCCCUCGGAGUGGACCUUCCAUAGGGCGAUUAAGUGGGACUAGUAAUUUUACCAAAAAGAGAAGAAAGUGGCAGAAUAUUGACGCUUCAAUCCCUCUGCAAAAUUUGCCUAGAAUUGCAGGACGUACUUUGUAGUCGAUAUUUGAGAUGCAUAUGUAAUUUAAAGUUGAUGGUUCGGUCUUCAUUUUCAAUGCUAAACGAUCUCUUUUCUGUUCUCAUUA